AUGCUGGAGCCUUGGAGCAGUCAAGUGGCCGUCUUCCCCGUGGACCUUGGAGGUCAGCACCCAGCUCUGGAAGCACAAGCCUUACUGUUCACAGCUUUGGCAAUUGUCCCUACUCUACUGCCGGGGGCGGGCGGCCGCAGGGGCACGUCCCCUGCAAACCCUGGCCGGGGGAUCUACGUGCUCCCCAUCGGCGACUCGGACGCGGCGGCGGCGACCACGUCGUACAGACAGGAAUUUCAGGCCUGGACUGGAGUCAAGCCGUCAAGAUCCACAAAGGUGAAACCCACCACAGUGAUCACAACGCACAGCUCCGGAUGGGACGGAGGCCCUGGGGCCAGCUUCCAGGUCCCUGAAGUGAGGAAGAAGUUUGCUCCUAACCCCUCAGCCAUCUUCCAGGCUUCAGCUCCCCGGAUCCUCAACGUGUGACUCCCAUGGAGGGGAGAGUGCCACUGGGGGGGGGUGUGUGUCAGAACUGCUGCACCAGUUAACGGGUGAGAUCUCGGACCUGCGGCCCCAGCUGUCAGAGGGGGCAGGCUCCUCCUUUCUCACCCUGGAGCACCCUCCUCCCAAGCUGCCACCUGGCUGCAGGCCUGGCACAGAGCAGAGGAGCAGACGGACACGGCACCACCCAGCCCAACUCGGGACUCAACCGCCCUUUUCUUCCUUGGGAAGUGUGCGGAAGGCUUCCGAUCUUUGUUUAAUUGCCUCUCUUGGCCACCUUCAGUUUUUAAAUCUGAAGAACUCCAGGGUCAAUUCUGUGGUGAACUGAACUGGCCCAGGCACGCUGAGCAUAUGUACAGCAGGUCCUCGAAAGAGCCAGUCCCGCCACUGUUCGCCCAGCUGCAUGGUAAUUUAUUGCCUACGGUAACCGGAGGUAGCAUCCUUGGAUGUUCCCACACGUUCAAGCUGUAGAAAUCUUAGGUUAUCACCUGCAUGUGAUUCAUAACUACCAGGAAGAAGUUGCCAAAAGAAACUGAUAUUCUACCAAUUACAGGGUUUCAAUUUCCAAGAUGGUUUUUUUAUGGCCAAGAUGACCCUUAUGUUUUAACAAAGCAUUUCUUGGGAUGAGUGCUUGAAGUACUGAAUGAAUGAAUGCCAUUUACCUUGUGGAAGGUUUCCGAGCCCCCCAUUUUAUUACUAAUUCCAGAUCUGUCCUGUAACAAAAUGGUAACUGGAAGAGAACUACCAUCCACACUGGCUAAGAAUCAGGAGGUUUUAAAAAAAAAUUUUGAUUCAUUUUAGAGAGAGGGAAGAAGGAAGAGAGAGACACUGAUUUGCUCUCCCACCCCAUUCAUGCACGCACUGGCUGGUUCUUUUAUGUGCCCUGACUGAGGAUUGAACCCACAACCUUGGUGUGUUGGGAUGAUGCUAUAGCCAACUGAGCUACCUGGCCACGGUUGGGAGCUUUUUUUUUAGAAGACUGCAGCAUCGGCCUCAUUCCCUGAAAGACCUUACGACAUCAUCUAUGCCAACCUUUAUUCUCAAGCCUGCCCUGCCACAGUGACAGGGAGCUCACUGCCUUUUGUGGCAGUUCAUUUUGUCUUUGGAAAGCUCUCUCUUUCCUCCACAAAUGCCAGCCAGAGCAGCCGUGGGGAACAAGCCUGGUCCGUCUUUGCACAGCAGCCCUUCAAACCCUUGAAGGAGUUUAUGUCCUGUCUUAAAGAUUGGAGGCACAGCUUGGUCAAUUUUGGUCAGGAGACGCAAGGAUUUCCCUUUGGAUCUUUAUCGCUUUCCAGCCCAUGAGUGGCUCUAGUCUGGAGCACUUACUUACACCGCAAGAGGUCUUAGAGCCUCCUCGGAGUGGAGGUGGGGCUGUUUCAGCUCAGGCUGCAAAAGGGGUGACUGCUCAGAGGUGCUGGCUCUGGCAGGCACAGCCCUUCCCCCCAUUCCAGCAAAUAAAAUGCUCUGAGAAUAAUUUUAAACGGAAAACAAAAAGCAUAUGCUGACACAAAGGGUUCUAUUAUUUCAGACUUCAUGGUUUGCACGUUUGAUGUUUCUAAAAAAGAGACUGCCUGCUAGGCAUUUUGUGGGAAAUGAACAGACUAACGGAACAGUCUCAGAUUUUACUAAAAUGCAAAAAUGUACUGUUUCAAUUUCUUGUUUAUGCCUGUAAAUUAAUUAUAAAUGAGCACCUUCUCCUACACCUUCCUCCCUCCUCCCCUUGGUAAUAAGGACUUGAAUGUCUCCUGGCUGUAGCUGGUGUCGCUGGAGGCUUAUCAGGCCUGAAAACCCUUGCUUUGGGCUGCAGUCCACACUGGUGUUACAUGUAGUCUUUCACAAGCCCCACCAGCCUCCUGUCACGUUUAGCCCCUCCCCACGUGUCCCCCACUGCUAGGUGCCGGGGUAGAAUGACUCUUUGAAGCUAGUCUUAGACUCAGAUCUUGACUUGACUCUAGUUGUGAGCAGAUUAAGCUUCCAUUUCCUUAUCUGCAAAAUGAGGCUAAUACCCCUACCUCGAUGAGAAGUCUGGGUUUAUGUGCAGGGUGCUUAUUAGGCCAGUAAACGGCCAACAAAGCACAGCUUUGUAAUAAUCCUUUCCUGCCCAAGCUCCCCCCACCCCUUUCCCAGGAGCUGGCUCUCUUCUCAUGUGCUACUCCGAUGCCAACACAGCCCCUCCCACUAGACCCUGCCCGGCACACCCCACAGCUGACAGUGCCCUUCCCCCCCAGAGCCCGCCCCUUCCUGGCAUACUUACAUGCCUUUUGCACUAGAACAGAUGGCUUUUCAAACACCCCAACCUGACAAGCUUCCUAACUAGAUUUCAUUAAUUAUUAGAUCCAGGCUAUGAAGAAGAAACUUCCUCUCACUCUAGGUCUUAGGAAAGCUUAACACUGUUACUGGAGCCGCCUUAAGUAACUGAGACAACAGUCUCAACCAUGUGGUCCCAAUCCAUAUGUGUCACGUAUGUAUAAUAUACAUUGACAGAGACAGAAAGAGAUGCAUUGGAAUAUUAAUGGUGGUUAUCCUUAGGAUGCGGAUUUAUGGGUAAUUUUAAACUUUUUACACAUAUUUACUAAAGUUUCUAUUUAUAAUAAGCAUUUUUGUAUUAAUUCUGUAAAGAAAGUUUUUAAAAAUAAAAAAGUUCAAUCUGUUAGCUAA